AUGGGCCAGCAGGUCAAGUGGACUCAGAAGAUGAAAGCCCCCGACUCUUUCCGGAACCCUGGCUUCUGGUGCGACUUCCAUCGAGACCACGGUCACAAAACAGAGGACUGCGUCGCACUAAAGAUCGAGGUCAACGAGCUGCUUAGGAAAGGGUACCUCAGGGAGUUCCUUUCUGAGAAGGCCAAGAGCCAUCUAAGCAAGGAGACAACGGGUAAGCCCACUGAAGCUGCUCCCGUCUCGCCACCGCAACAGGACCGAGUGAUCCAUAUCAUUUCGGAAAUUAGCGGCAUAAGUCAUCCAGCUGCAAAGAAAAGCACUCGGAACGCCAAGCACGGCCUAGAGGCAGCCAAGCCAAAACGCCUGCUCCUAGAUAAGCUUCACGGCCAAGGAGCAGGAGAAAGUCCUCACUCCUCUUCACGACGCCCUGGUUAUCUUGCUCACUGUAUCAAACUGUCUGGGUUCAGCGGGGAAGCCAAACAAACCGUCGGGGAGAUAACCCUCCCCGUAUACGCCGAAGGAAUCAACAUGUCAACCAAGUUCCUCGUGGUUGACUGCGACUCGUCUUACAACAUGAUUCUAGGACGGCCCUGGAUUCACGGAAUGGGGGCCGUCCCCUUGACUCUUCACCAAAUGGUGAAAUUUCCUACACUCUGGGCAUAA